AUGGCAAGUAAUAAUAAUAUAGAAGCACUCAUAGGAACAUGGGAACAUGUUCGCAGUGAAAAUUUUGAAGGUUUCUUGAAAGAAAUGGGUGUUCCAAUGGCUAUUCGUUUGUUAGCUAAAAGUAUGAGUACUCGUCUUGUUAUCAAUGAAAAUAAUGGUAUAUGGACACUACGUACUGAAAUGCCACUAAAAACUAAAUCGAUCAGUUUUACACCCGGUAUUCAAUUUCAAGAUACAACUCCCGAUGGAAGUGAAGUGCAGACAGUCGUUCGUUUCGAAGAUGGAAAAUGGGUACAGACCUUGUCGGGUAAAAAUGGCAAAGAAUCGAUGGUAACACGUUUUAUUGAUGAUCAAGGACUACAACAAAUAGAAAUGACGAGUGGCACUGUCAAAGCUCGUCGUUGGUUCAAGCGAGUACAGUAA